UGUUGUUUUCGUUGGGCAGAAUAAGUAGAGCAGUCGACAUCUUUGAAGGCGACCACAUUCCCGUACUUUAUUUUCAUAUUUUGAUCCUGAAAAAAAAACAGGGGAACAAAUCAAGGAACCACUGACGUGUUUCUGGAGUUGAGCUGCUUUUAGUGAAGCUUUUUAUUAUUGCCUUUUCAAGAUGAGCAGUCAGUACCAGCGCUCAGUUCCACUGGAGGUGAGGAGAGCGGAAGGAGAGAGAGUUCGGGCCAAACACCCAGACAAAAUACCGAUUAUUGUGGAGAGGGCCCCGAGGUCACGAGCCCCCGAACUGGAUAAGAAGAAAUAUCUUGUGCCCUCAGAUUUAACAGUGGGUCAGCUGUGCUUCCUGAUCCGUCAGCGUGUGUCUUUGAGACCAGAGGAGGCGCUCUUCUUCUUCGUCCACAACUCACUCCCCCCGUCCAGCUCCCCGCUCUCUGCUGUAUAUGAGGAGCACCACGAGGAGGACCUGUUUCUCUACAUGACCUACAGUAACGAGAGCGUCUACGGUGCCUGAGAACGAACAAAAGACUGGAAAAAGAGACGGAGAGCACAUGAGAGUCAACAAAGUGAGACUGUCUGAGGAAUGGAACAGUCAAGGCUUCGUGGCAUUUGUAUUAUCUAUGUUAGUUUUGAUAAGUAACUCCAGUACUUGGCAGAAGGAAAGUUUUUCUACAAGGCUGAAAGGGUUUCUAUUUGGGUUUGACUUUCAACAGUAUUUUAAGCACUUCAAGUUAUGUUAAUUUCUUGCUGGGUGAAAGGAAAAGAGGAAGAGUAAAAAAGAAUGCAUUGGCAAAGGACUCUGAAAUGUUGUUGAACGCUCUCAUUAUCUCUCUGUCAUCUGUAUUUAAUGCAAAUAGUUUUUUUUUGUAAAUUAUUGUAAACUUUUUUUGUGGAAAAUAAAGACAUUGCCA